GAGGCGCGCGGCCGGCCCAGCUCGGGCCGCCGCACUCGGAGCAGCCGGGCGGCCGAGCGAGCUCGGGCCGGGGCCGGGGCUGGGGCGCAGCGGGGGCGCCGGCCCCAGCGUCCUACUGCAGCCCCCGGAGCGAGGAGCGCGGGCCAGAGCGCGGCCGGAACCAUGAACCGGAGUUUCCACAAGUCUCAGACGCUGCGCUUCUUCGACUGCAGCGCGGUGGAAGUCAAGAGCAAGUUUGGGGCUGAGUUCCGGAGGUUCUCCUUGGACCGUCAAAAGCCUGGGAGGUUUGAGGACUUCUAUAAGCUGGUCGUGCACACUCAUCACAUCGCCAACACAGAGGUGACCAUCGGCUACGCCGACGUGCAUGGCGACCUGCUGCCCAUCAACAAUGAUGACAACUUCUGCAAGGCAGUCUCGAGCGCAAACCCUCUACUCAGGGUCUUCAUCCAGAAACGAGAAGAGGCCGAGCACUGCGGCCCGGCUGGCUCGCUGUCACGGAGGAAGAAAGCGCUGGCGCUGCGCGAGGAUGGGCCCCGCCGGCGUGCUCACCUGCACAUCGGCCUUCCGCGAGACUUCCGCCCUGUGUCCUCAGUCAUUGACGUGGACAUAGUGCCAGAAACACACCGCAGAGUGAGGCUGUACCGGCACGGCUGCCAGAAGCCAUUGGGCUUCUACAUCCGCGACGGCACAAGCGUGCGCGUAGCCCCUCAGGGCCUGGAGAAGGUACCAGGCAUCUUCAUCUCGCGCAUGGUGCCUGGUGGCCUGGCCGAGAGCAGUGGGCUGCUAGCCGUGGACGACGAGGUGCUAGAGGUGAACGGUAUCGAGGUGGCGGGCAAGACGCUGGACCAGGUCACAGACAUGAUGAUCGCCAAUAGCCACAACCUCAUCGUCACUGUCAAGCCCGCCAACCAGCGCAACAAUGUGGUGCGCGGGCGGGCGGGCAGCUCGGGCAGGCCCUGCACACGCCCUGCGCCCGGUGACUCGGACAGCGACGAAGAGCCCGACCUGGUGCUGGAGGGCAUACCACCCGGGCCCCCAGCGCCCGUGCGCGUCAAUGGCUCAGGGCCGACACCGAGCAGCGUGCGCCGCCUGCUGAGCUCAUUGCGCGCCGACCCGCGGCAUAGCUUGGCGCUGCCACCCGGUGGAGUGGAGGAGCAUGGGCCGGCCGUCACGCUGUAGCGGCUGCUGCCUCCAGGCAGGCCACCGUCACACUGCAGGCCUGGACACCUGCACACGCAGGGACUGGAUGGGCCACCGGGAGCUCCUUUUUAAAUGUGCAUCCAAUUUUUUUUUAAUUGUAUCACCCCUUCAUGGUUUUUAUUUAACCCUCACUGUUCCCCAAUGACACUACUCUUUAUUUCAAACUAUGGAUAGAAAAGUGCUAUUUUUAUAGACUUCACACAGGGAAUAUGCACUCUGCCCUAGGCCGGAUGCAGACCCCACACCUUUGUAAAGUGGUAGACAGCAUCUGACCAAGUACAAUACUUAAUUUUUAAUCUUUAAAAGCUUCAUUUUUAAAAAUGAAGUAUUUUCAAAUUAAAAUAGUCAUUCCUGUUUGACUAACCCAUGCAAAAACACAGUAGGUGUCAGCAUGCUCUUGUCGCCGUUCUUCCUGCCGACGCACACUGAUUCCGCUGGCCGGCUGGCGGGAUGAAGGUGUGUGGCAGGAAGGUAGGGACUGGUUUUUAAGAACAAAUGUGCCCAAGCCUAUAGGAGACAUGACUGUAGAAGGUUGAUUUUAAAUGUUCACAUUGCUUGUAUAGUCAUAUUUCAAGGAGCCAGAUGGGUGCGGCAGUCCCCAGCAUCACUGGGGAAAGAGAACUCCCAGGGAGCGGUCAUGGCAGGGCUGAAGGUGGGCUGCUCUGUGAGAUCAUCAGACGUGGUCUGUCACCAGCCUUUGGGGGUGAAUUUAAUUUGGAGAAGCAGCUCUGCUGGAUUAGAAGGUAAGGCUCAGCUACACCAUCGUGAUCAAAAGUCAGUAUUUACUCUGAGACAAACAGUCUUUUCCUGUGAUUGACUCUGAGGGCAGUGUUUUGAGUUUCCAGCAGAAAUGAUGGGUAAGCCAACCACAUACCCCCAGACAGGCCUGUGGAAGCCCACAGAUAGAUUCAUAGGUUUUGUUAUCUUUGUUUUUAAUCAAGUCACACGGAAUUUACUGAUUUUAACUCAAAUUACAUUCAUUGCCACUUCCUCAUGAGCUCCUAGCAAUACUUACGUAUUUAGUAAUUUUAAAGGUAAUUCAUGUUUGAUCCCAUUAAAUUUUAUAUGAAGUAUAUUUUAUUUUUCAAUACUGAUGAGAAAAUGUUAUGCUCAUACUUUGAGAACUAAACUUUGACCAAAUAAAGCUUGCAUAUAAACACAGGUAAAAAUAUUUUUCUAGGUUGCCUUUGGGGACACUCUGCAGCUGCUUGUCCUGUGGGCCAAUACCCCCUGCUGGUCAUCGGCAGAACUAUCCUGACUUCACAGAUGUCAGGCUAACAGCAUGGAAAAAAUACCAAUGUUUUCAUUUUUCCUGAAUUCAUUAAGUGAAAAAAGCAGAUUAUUUUUCUUUUGCAAAAGAUUAAUUGGGCAGAAAAUAUACUUUAUUGCAAAGCUGUGGUCUCCCACACAUGUGUAUCAUGUUGGUAUCUGUAUGCCAAGGUUGCUGUCCAUUUUGUCCCCAAGCACAGGGAACACCAAAGAUGCCUCCUUGAGGCCUGGGGUGUGAGUCCAGACACCUAAAUUUACAGGCCCCGCGGAGCUAUGAGGGGUGCUUAUUUGGCACCCCAGCAGUCGGAAGUGUUUUUUUUUACAAAGACAGGUAUUAUAGAACCAAAACUCUAAUGCUGUUACUAUCACAGAAGAAAUGUUCUUUUACUAAGUUAUUACUGGCUGUUGAAUAUCUUGUUUUGUAACUGGAUCUGUUACCAAGAAGGAAAGUUAUAUUUCUUACUAUGUUUUAAGUUGUUAUGCAAAUGUAAAAAAAAAAAUUUUAAAGGAAAAAAAGGCUUACUCUGAAGUCUGUGCUCUGUUGUUGGUAAUUUUAGGAAUUCUGAGCUUCAUGGAAAAGCCUCUUGAGUGUAUUUUUCUACCCAGGUCUUUACUUCUGCCAUUUUAUUCUAAAGAAACAAACAAAAAAAAUCAUGUUGUACUAGACAUUAAACUUUUCUUGUUUUUAUAUA